GGCAGCCGGCCCCUCGCGGCCUCUCGCGUUGCCGCCGGGCUGCCUGCAGCGCUUUCGGCAGGGGAGCGGCUCUCGAGCUGCGGCGAUGGCCAGCACCAGGAGUAUUGAGCUGGAGCACUUCGAGGAGCGGGACAAAAGGCCGCGGCCGGGGUCCCGGAGAGGGGCGCCGAGCUCCUCCGGGGGCAGCAGCAGCUCGGGCCCCAAGGGGAACGGGCUCAUCCCCAGCCCGGCACACAGCGCCCACUGCAGCUUCUACCGCACGCGGACCCUGCAGGCCCUGAGCUCGGAGAAGAAGGCCAAGAAGGCGCGUUUCUACCGGAAUGGGGACCGCUACUUCAAGGGCCUGGUGUUUGCCAUCUCCAGCGACCGCUUCCGGUCCUUCGAUGCGCUCCUCAUGGAGCUCACCCGCUCCCUGUCAGACAACGUGAACCUGCCCCAGGGGGUCCGCACCAUCUACACCAUCGACGGCAGCCGGAAAAUCACCAGCCUGGACGAGCUGCUGGAAGGUGAGAGUUAUGUGUGUGCAUCCAAUGAGCCAUUUCGUAAAGUUGAUUACACCAAAAAUGUUAACCCAAACUGGUCUGUGAACAUCAAGGGUGGGACAACUCGGACCUUGGCCGCUGCUGCCUCUGUGAAAAGUGAAGUGAAAGAAAGUAAAGAUUUCAUCAAACCUAAAUUAGUGACUGUGAUUCGAAGUGGAGUGAAGCCCAGAAAAGCCGUGCGGAUCCUUCUGAAUAAAAAGACUGCUCAUUCCUUUGAACAAGUCUUAACAGAUAUCACCGAAGCCAUUAAACUAGACUCAGGAGUGGUCAAGAGGCUCUGUACCCUGGACGGGAAGCAGGUUACUUGUCUGCAAGACUUUUUUGGUGACGAUGAUGUAUUUAUUGCAUGUGGACCUGAAAAAUUCCGUUAUGCCCAAGAUGACUUUGUCCUGGACCACAGUGAAUGCCGAGUCCUGAAGUCAUCUUACUCACGAUCCUCAGCUGCUAAGUAUUCCGGAUCCAAGAGCCCGGGGCCCUCGCGUCGCAGCAAAUCACCAGCUUCAGUUAAUGGAACUCCCAGCAGCCAACUCUCCACUCCUAAAUCCACGAAGUCCUCCAGCUCCUCUCCAACAAGCCCAGGAAGUUUCAGGGGAUUAAAGAUUUCUGCUCAUGGCAGAUCUUCUUCCAAUGUCAAUGGUGGACCUGAACUUGCUCGUUGCGUGAGUCCUGAAGGUGUGAAUGGAAACAGGUGCUCUGAAACGUCGACUCUUCUUGAGAAAUACAAAAUUGGGAAAGUCAUUGGUGAUGGCAAUUUUGCCGUAGUCAAAGAGUGUAUGGACAGGUCCACUGGAAAGGAGUUUGCCCUCAAGAUUAUAGACAAAGCCAAGUGCUGCGGAAAGGAACAUCUGAUUGAGAAUGAGGUGUCAAUUCUGCGCCGUGUGAAACACCCCAAUAUCAUCAUGCUGGUGGAAGAGAUGGAAACGGCAACUGAGCUGUUCCUGGUGAUGGAAUUGGUGAAAGGCGGAGAUCUCUUUGAUGCAAUUACUUCUUCAACCAAGUACACUGAGAGAGACGGCAGCGCCAUGGUGUACAACCUGGCCAACGCCCUCAGGUAUCUCCACGGCCUCAGCAUUGUACACAGAGACAUCAAGCCAGAAAACCUCUUGGUGUGUGAGUAUCCUGAUGGAACCAAGUCUUUGAAGCUGGGCGACUUUGGGCUGGCCACUGUGGUAGAAGGCCCUUUGUACACAGUCUGUGGCACACCAACCUACGUGGCUCCAGAAAUCAUUGCUGAAACUGGCUAUGGCCUGAAGGUGGACAUUUGGGCAGCCGGCGUGAUCACCUACAUACUUCUCUGUGGGUUCCCGCCAUUCCGAAGCGAGAACAAUCUCCAGGAAGAUCUCUUUGACCAGAUCUUGGCUGGAAAGCUGGAAUUUCCAGCCCCCUACUGGGAUAACAUCACGGACUCAGCAAAGGAGUUAAUCAGUCAAAUGCUGCAGGUAAAUGUUGAAGCUCGGUGUACUGCGGGACAAAUCCUGAGUCACCCCUGGGUGUCAGACGAUGCCUCCCAGGAGAAUAACAUGCAAGCUGAGGUAACAGGUAAACUAAAACAGCACUUUAAUAAUGCGCUUCCCAAACAGAACAGCACCGCCCCCGGGGUCUCAGUUAUCAUGGUAAGUGGGUGCCAGGGGAAGUGGCAGAGUCUGACCUGCUGCCGAGCCAGCCUUGAAUGUUGAGCAGUAGAUAGCCAAGAGCUUCUCUCCAUGGAAGCUGCAUCCUCCCCUGUUCUCCCUUUCACUUAAACACUGGCAUGGCACGCACAAGGCACUCACAUGGCAAGACGCCCAGGCCUUGGCCACUGUGGGGUAGUGGUUGCAUAGGUACCAACGAGACUGGUCUCAUGGGUCUUGAUGCCUAGGAGCUCCCAGGCUCUGGCCCUCCCAGGUAGCUGUUUCCGCUCUCAUCUUUGCUUUCUCAUUUAGACAGAGUCCCAAGCCCAGGUGCUGUUUACGGUAGAGUAGCUCCCUGCCGAUUCAGAGCUUCAAAAAGAGAUUAUGGAGCAGGCAGGCAUUUGGCGUUGUGGCUAAAUCCCUGUAUGGGAUGCCCAAUUCCCAUAGUCUGGAUUCUGGGCUAGUUCACAUCCAGGAUCCUCUGCUUCUGAUCCAGCUUCCUGCUAAUGUGCACACUGGGAGGCAGCAGUGAUGGCUCAAGAACGUGGGUUCCUGCCAUCUACCGUGAGACCUGGACUGAGUUCUGGGUUCCUGGCUUAGGCCUGGCUGUGAGGAGCUUUUGAGGAGUGAACCAAUGGAUGGAAAGUCUGUCUCUCUGUCUCUGCCUUUCAAGUAAAAAAUGAAAUUAAAUCAAAAAUUUUAAAACAAAGAUUAUUGAGGCAUCAGGUAUUCUUUGGCACUUGGGUUAAGAGAUGCCCAUAGUUAAACAAAUAUACUUUAAGUAAAAAAUACAAAAGACAGUUUGGAAGCUUUUAAAAGUGAACAAUGUUUUUUAAAAAAAGUUCUCAGGAUUGGUAAAAUGUUAUGAGAAGCCUGUAAAUGUUGAUCACCAUGGGUUUUUAUACUUCAUUUUUCUUUAAAAAUUAUUUGAAAGAGAGGUAUUCCAUCUGUUGGUUUAUUCCCCAGGGCUGGGCUGACGCCAGAAGCCUGGAAUGCUCCAAGUCUCCCCUGGGUAGCAGGAACCCAGGUACUUGAACCAUCAGUGAUGCGUCCCCGGGUGCACAUUAGGAGGAAGUUGGGAAGGAGAGGGGAGCCAGCACUGGAACCCAGGCGCUCAAACAUGGGAUAGCUGCUGUGCCAAUCACCUGCUCCAAAAAUAUUUUUUAAGACAGCUUACUUAUAUACUUAACACCAUAAAUUAAAAGGAAAAGUAACAUGAAAGUAAAUGAAGGAAAAAAAAGAGCAGAAGAAAUAAACUGGGCCGAAAGGGAGGCCAGCACACCCUACCCCAGCUUGUCAAGUGGGACAUGAAGACACUGUUGAGUAUCCCCUACCUGCUUGUUGCCCAGGGUAUAAACCGGCCGGCACUGCACAUAGACAGUUCUGCCUGCGGCAGCCCACUACAAAAGUGGGGCUGUUUUUCCCUCUGCCAGAGAGGCAGCUGGGGCAGCUCCAAAGUCAGACUUUCCAAGGCAAUGGGUGACCGAAUGUUUACCAUCACCCCUGAUUUCACCGGGUUUUGACGGCUGCUGGGGAGCCCGGUCCAGGGCAGCCUCUCCCACCUCACGACAGGCCCCUCUUUCUCCAGGAAAGGGUCUAUUUCCUCAGCCAGAGGGACAGCUGCUGGUCGUGGUCAUGGCAUGUGGUCUCUCUAAGCAGGGGCCAGGUGGAAGAGGUGCUCUCUGCUGCACCCACGGCACAUCCACUGUGGGCAGCUCACAGGGGCCUUCAUUCUCCUCCCAGGAGCUGCAUUUAUUUGGCACCUCUGUGUAUCCUUGCAACCCCUCUGUGUCCCCUGGACUGUGGGGUCCCUGUGCCAGGACGAUGGGAAGGUUUUCUUGAGUUGUGGUUUUUCUGAGUGUUUUAGUGGCAUUGUGCUGAGAGCCUUAGGAAGACAGAGUUCCAGCUCACACACCCCGAGGGCAGCCAUCGGACUGGGCCAACAGCAUGCGAACAUCCAGGAGUGAUUCCCAUGGGAGAGGCAGCACUGAUGGUUGGGACAAUAGUGUGUAGCCUGUUGUGCACUAGGGUGUAAGACACUUUCUGGGAACAUUUAAAAAAAUGUUAAAAUUUGGUGUGUUCAACACAACAUGAAAAGUCUUAAGAAAGAUGAGUUGGAAUCAAACUCUAAUCACCACGCCAGUUAAGCCUCAGGGCUAAGGAGAGUUCACUGUAACUCUCAAGGGAGUCCUUGCCUUGGGGGCCUGCAUAGGAAUCAGUGGCCAGAGGCCUGCAGCCAGCCUCUUGUGACAAGUGGCCAGCGUAGUCCCUGUCCUGACUGAUGAGGCGUAGACAGAACCUGUGUGGGUGGUUUCCGGGUGACAUGGGUCCACUGUCAGAUGUCAAAACCCUGAGCUCUACCUGAGUGCUUGUGUGAGCGCACACCCCUCUGUUCUUUGUGAACGUGUGUGUGUGUGUGUGUGUCCAUGUGUUCCCAGGCUGUCACAUUGUGCAUGUUGACAGGGUCCCCGCUCCCCUCGCGUUCCCUACACAGCUCUGCAGGGUUGCCUCUGAGGAGCUGCUGGAUGACCUCAUCACAUUGGGAACCCAUGGGAAAAAUCUGUUCCACCGGCCCUGGUCAGGACCCAUUCAUUCCCCAUGGCCAAGAAGCUGACCUGUCCCCCAGAUCUGGCCUGUCCUCCAAAGCGGUGGGAGGAGAAGGCCUCCUUCUCAGGGGCAUCCUACUCUGGACCUGGUCCGGGGCAUGGUUGUGUGGGGGAAGCUUGGGACGCUCUGUGUCUUCAUCCUCAUCACCAUUAGCUGUGUCUAUGUGGCCUGCCCUUGGGGACGGCUUCCAGUGUUGUACUGAAGAUAACCAGGAAAUGCCAAUCCCUGAUGUGCACAAGUCCUUGGCAGUGAUCGGUUCCUGCAGUCGCAGAUGGCAGUGGAAACAGCCUGAGGCCCACUCUGCUUGGCCAGGCCGUGUGUAAUGGCCAAUCAGCCCCUGGGUCGCUGACCUAGGCCCCUUGACCUGGAGCCGGCGCCUGGGGGCCACGCUGAGAUAAGGCUUAGGAGAGGAAGUGGUACAUGAGGGUGAACCACAGUAAAGUUGACGCUGUUGUCUGCGUUCUG